UCUGGGGGACCCAGAUUGCACAACCCCAUCUGAGAGACAGACCCCCCAAGACCACCCCUGAAAAACCACUGACCACUCCAGGCUGAGAGACGCCCUGAACUAAGAGGAAGAUCUACAGGAACCCCCAUUCGAAAGACAACAAAGCAAGCACUGCACACUGAGAGACCGAGACCGUUCAGGAGACACAGCAUGCUGUUUCUGGUCCUCUCUAUGCUGUUACAGGAGCUGCCUGGCACCUCAUCCUUUGCCCUGGACCCUUGCUCCGCCUACAUCAGCCUGAACGAGCCCUGGAGGAACACUGAGCACCAUGUCAACAGCUCAGCCGGAGUCCCCCUGUGUGACAGCCAUGUCAACGGCGAGUGGUACCGCUUCACUGGCAUGGCGGGGGAUGCCAUGCCUACUUUCUGCAUUGAGGAGAACCACUGUGGCACACACGCGCCCAUCUGGCUGAACGGCAGCCACCCGCGGCCCGAGGACGGCGUGGUGCAGCGGCAGGCGUGCGCCAGCUUCAACGGGGACUGCUGCAUGUGGAACGUCAGCGUGGGGGUGAAAGCCUGCGCCAGCGGUUACUACGUCUACCGCCUGCCACGGCCCUCCGUCUGCUUCCACGUCUACUGCGGCCAUUUCUAUGACAUCUGUGACGAGUCGGACUGCAACGGCACCUGCCUGGACCCCGGAGAGUGCCAGUGCGCCACAGGGACAGUGCUGGGGCCAGAUGGACAGACUUGUCUUGAUGUGAACGAGUGUGAGCAGGACAAUGGAGGUUGUGCUGAGGUGUGCGUGAACAUGAAGGGCUCGCACCGCUGCGAGUGUGGAGUUGGCAGGGUGCUGGGCGCUGAUGGCAGGACCUGCCAGGGGAUUGAGGGGUGCCACAACAACAAUGGGGGCUGUAGUCACGGGUGUUCGAUGCUGCAGGACACCUACCACUGUCACUGUCCUCGCGGUUUGGUGCUGGCUGAGGACAGGUACACCUGCCAGGUGCCAGUGCAGUGCCGUUCAAGUUCAAUUGAGGUGUCAGUGCCCAGGGAGCUGGUGGGCGGGCUGGAGCUCUUCCUGUCCAACUCUUCCUGCCGCGGAGUCUCCAAUGGCACUCACGUCAACCUCAACUUCAGCCUGAAGACCUGCGGCACUGUGGUGGAGGUGGUGAAUGACAAGAUCGUGAGCACCAACCUGGUAACCGGUUUACCACAGCAAAGCCCCGGGAGCAGUGGUGACGUCAUUGUGCGCACCAGCAAGCUCCUGAUCCCAGUGACCUGUGAGUUCCCACGCCAGUAUGAGGUCUCCGACGGCUACCUGCCCAACACCCGCAACUCAGCUCUGGAGAUUGCUGGUAGAAGCCAAGGAAUGUUCCCCUUCAGCCUGGAGCUCUUCAAGAACUCCGAGUUCUCCGAGCCCUACCGCGGUUCCCUGCCAACCCUGAAGCUGCGGGACACUCUGUUUUUCGGUGUGGAGCCGGCGGAGCGAGUGGACGGCCUGGCCGCACUAGUGGAAAGUUGUUUUGCCACACCCAGUUCCAAGGCAGACCAGGCACUCAAAUACUACCUAAUCAAGGACGGGUGUAUCUCAGAUGAGACUGUGAAGCAGUACUCUUCUAAAGACCAGUUGUCCAAACAUUACCAAGUGCCUGUCUUUAAAUUCGUGGGCAAAGACAACAAGGAGGUUUUCCUGCACUGCCACGUGCUGGUGUGUGGGGAGGGAGAUGGGGCAUCCCGCUGCUCUCAGGGUUGUCGGAGGCGAAUGCGUCGUCAUGCCUGGCACGAGCCCGACGGCGGACAUCUUGACCAGCGCCUGCUGACCGGCGGGCCAAUCAUUAUCCUUCCUGAUGACUGACAUCGCUGCAGCACAUCCAAUCACCACCCUCUACCAACUCAGACAUUAACACACACACAGAGCCCACCCCCACCCCCACACAAAGCAGGGUAAUCUGAUGAUGUCAAAAAAGCUAAAUGCUGCUGCUUUAAAAAAAAUAGUGAAAGGUAUUCCCUGAAAGGUAAGGUGUCAGGUAAACCUCUUAUCAGACUACAAAUGCUUCCAGUAUAUAGUCUACAUCUACAUCUAUCUUAGAUUAAAAGUACUUAAAUGCUUAAAUGUUUUAUUGAAAACAUGAAUGUUUUUUAUCUGCAGAUGUCAAUUACAUGCUAACUAUAACUUGAUGAUAAUAGAAUAAAACUAUAUUAUGUUCUACAGAUGUGCAUUUCUAUUCUUUUUGAAUAAAUAUGUUCAAUAAGAUGGCAGAUCAAGAUUCAUACAGCAAAUGUGCAUAAAAAUGAGAUUUUCAGUCUAUAACAGCCAAGCUGGAAGUGGUUGUAACCCGGGGAGUUCUAAUGCUAAUAGUUGUUUUCAAUGUUGCCCUGGUGGAAUUAGUAGUAGCAUUGAUAUUUUUUUUUAUUUGCAAUGUUAGCAUUUGAAAUGUGCUCUAUGUAUAUACUAACCGCUGGAAUACAUAAUGCUCUUUACAAAUCAUGCUGAAUUAUUUGUAGCUUCUCUAGCUGUCAGAGCUGCCAAGCUCCUCUGCAGAAUCCUUGUAACUUUUAUCCAUCUGGUCUGUCCAUUAUAAAAAAAAUGCAACAAAGCUUUUCUAAAAUGUCCAAAAAGCCUAUUUGAAAGUCUAUUUUUAUUCCAGAAAAAAAAAUAAGCUUAGCAGUUUUGUUGAACAUUUUUAUCAAGAACAUUUGAUUUGUCCAGAAGAGAUUUCCAUGUCGAGUCCAAGAGCACAGAGGCAAUAUUGUGCAGAGCCACUGACACUUAAAAUACAUUUUUAGCCUGAGCAAUUUAGAAAAGACAAAGGGGAGAACAAUUCACUAACAGCUUCUGGUUCAGAGUAACUGACAGCAGGACUUUCUUGACCUGAAAGACCAGUCUGGUGUAACACCACAGACAAAGGCCAGGGAUUGACCUGGUAUACUUCCGGUAACACACCUAGAUCAACCAUUGCACCACUCGACCUCCACUAUCACUCUCACUCAGGAAUCAGCUGCAGGGAUGGAGAAACACUGUUUCAGGUGUGUUUAAUGAGCCCCCUCUCAGUUGUCAGGAACCCAUUGUGCCAACAGCUAUUUCAGGAAAGUCAUGACCAUGAACAUGUCUUCAAAUCUAUGUACACCCAGCAAUAUGAACGUAUUUUAUUUAAAAUCUCAUCUUGUAUCAAAAUAUAUUUUUUACUUUUUGUUUGAUCAAGCAAAUAUGUAUUGCAGUGUUGUUAUGUAAAUUCUAUAUUGUAUUUUUAACACUUGUCCGCAUAGCAGUAUUAUUACCAACUAGGAUGAAAUGUUAUCUAAUUGUCUUUAAUGAUAUGAGUAUCUGUAUCUGCAGUACUGUAUAAGGUAUGUGAAAGACAUACCAGAAUGAAAUGCACAGUGUUUUGUAACUGUUCAAUAAAGUCGCACCUGUGUCUAA